GCCGCCUCGGACUUCCUGCUUUGGCUCUGCGUUUUGUUGUCCCGCAGCCCGCACGGCGCUCCGGAUCCGGCUCAGGAGGAAGCUCCCAGACGCUCUCCAGGGGCCUGGUACGGGGGCUUCGGACCCUCCCUUCGCGGUUAGGAGCGUGUCUCCGGACCGGGCGAGCUAGCGCCUCGGCGGCCGGAGCUGCGGCGGUGGCUUCGGAGCGCGGCUUGUCCCGGGGAAGCUGCGAGGUUAGCCGGGAUCGAGCUAACGGACGCUUCGGCGGGGCGGACGGGCGCCCUCGGCUCGGACUGUCACCGCGCCUCGGCGUGUCCCCUCUCUGUCCCGGAGCUCCAAAGUGCCUGGAGACUUGAAGAAAGUUUGAGCCGCUGAGUAUGCGGUCGGAGCCCCAGCGGUCGUAGGAUGAAGAGCCCGGCGCACCGCACCAGGGACAUCGAGCGGCAAGCCGGCUACCUGAAGCCCGAGCACUGCGCCCCGCCCCCGCCCCGCACGGGCUCCGACGCCAUGUGGUUCAUCCGCGACAGCUGCGGCAUCGUGUGCGGCGUCAUCACCUGGCUCCUGGUCUUCUACGCCGAGUUCGUGGUGGUCUUCGUCAUGCUGCUGCCCGCCAAGAACCUGCUGUACAGCCUCUUCAACGGGGUGCUCUUCAACGGCCUCGCCUUCCUCGCCCUCGCCUCCCACGCCAGGGCCAUGUGCACAGACCCGGGGGCCGUGCCUAAAGGGAACGCAACCAAAGAAUUCAUCGAGAGCCUGCAGCUGAAGCCGGGCCAGGUGGUGUACAAAUGUCCCAAAUGCUGCAGCAUCAAGCCCGACAGAGCUCACCACUGCAGUGUGUGUAAACGCUGCAUCAAGAAGAUGGACCACCACUGCCCCUGGGUGAACAACUGCGUCGGAGAGAACAACCAGAAAUACUUCGUGCUCUUUACUAUGUACAUUGCACUAAUAUCCUUCCAUGCACUGAUCAUGGUGGCCUUCCAUUUCGUUUUCUGCUUUGAAGAAGACUGGACAAAGUGCAGCAACUUCUCCCCGCCAGCGACCGUCAUCCUCCUCAUCCUCCUGUGCUUCGAGGGCCUCCUCUUCCUCAUCUUCACCGCCGUCAUGUUCGGGACUCAGGUCCACUCCAUCUGCACCGACGAGACGGGCAUCGAGCAGCUGAAGAAGGAGGAGAGGAGGUGGGCCAAGAAGUCCAAGUGGAUGAACAUGAAGGUGGUGUUCGGACACCCGUUCUCGAUAGCCUGGCUCAGCCCCUUCGCCACGCCGGACCACGGCAAGGCCGACAUCUACCAGUACAUCGUGUGACGCACACGGACUGAACUGACGGAGCACGGACUCUUCUGAAACCACUUCCUCUGACUCAUCCAUACUUCAGCACGUUCUGCUGUGAGCUCCCAUGAUGCUUCUUUUUGUUUUUUUAACGUCUUCACCGUCUCUUCUCCGUCUUUCCGGGUGCCGGCUGAGAUCAGCGCGGUUGUAGCUGUGCUGCACUGAAACCUGCAGCAUCUCUCGUCAUUUCCGCCCGAACAGACUAAAACAAUGUGAAUCAAGUCCAGAAUGUUUCCACUCGGAGGUGCAGACGCUCCCCCGCUUCAAACUCACGGCUUUCGCUCCCUUCACGUCCCAUCUGCCUUUAGGAAAGAGCGCCGGCUCGUUUUCAGCAAAUUCCCCUUCCUCUGCCUUAACGUGACGGUUUGAGGUUGAGGCAAAAAUGUGGAAUUAUUCAGUUAUUCGCGGUGAACUUGAAGAAAGUCGGAGCGGGGCGCCCGACGGCUGGAUCGAAGCGUUCUGGGGAGGAAUUUAUCUGUGAACUCAGAGCAGUAACUGUAGCCCAUUAAAGUGAUCCUUAUGAGCUGCGUCCCUUCACAUGCUGGAUUUAUUUAAAGUUUCCCACAAAAUCCCAACAAAUCUGGUUUGAAAAAAAAAACCGGAUCGUAUUCUUUUACUUUUUAAAACUCCAAAAAUAUGAAACAAUGAAUCCAGUCACGGUAAAACCACUGUUUCCUUUAGAUGCAUCUAAAUAAAGUAAAACAGGAAAGCUUUUCCCCCUCAUUAUACAACAUUUAAACUUUCAUUGAUUUUUGAUUUAUUGCACAUAAAUCGAUAUAUUUUCAAUUAUUUCAAAUUAUUUUCAAAAAGUAAAUGAAAAUAUUUCCAAAAAAUCUUAAAGUGGAUAAAAUGCUUGAAAUGUCUCGGUUUAAAGGUUGUUUGUUGAAAUAAUUGACAAAACAACGAAAUUAUUCUUUUUCUAAGAUCUGUAAAUAAAUUAAAACACUCAAAAUUCUGUCCUUUUUGAGGAGUUUCUCACCUUUGAUCAAUUUCCUUUAAAAAAAAAAAACACCUUGAUAUUAUUUGUAGGUAU